CGGAAUAGCGUCGGCCUCUGACAGUGGGCCUCGUCUCGAGCGUUGCCGAGGAGAGAGUCAACUUCAUUUCUGAUCACGGUUGGUUUGACCGACAGUGAAGAAGAUAUUACUUGGCCAGCGUCAUGUCAUCAACUGGAGUGCGCCCGCCACGCCAUAUCAUACAGACAUGUUGUCGGCUUUUGAGAGGACAGCACGGUCAUUGAAAGACGGCUCCUGCUCCUCUUACGAACCUUCUGUGGAUCCAUCUCGGUAGGUUGUUGCUCUUGCUGCGGAGUCAAGAGAGGUCCGCUCAUAUAACCUAUGAUGGAUCCGGCCGUUGGCGUGAAUAUGCUUAAUACAGUUCAUAUAUGACAUCCUAGCAUACUGUACCGGGGCAUUGCUUUUCCCUAGAUCGUGUUCAAAGACUUUCGUUUCCAAGAUGCCGCAGAAAGAACUGGUUCUGUAUCGCUAUGAGCUCAAUCCUUCCAGCAAGGCCGAGGGAGCUUCCGUCCGACUUACAAGCACAGAGAGCGGCAAGCCUGUAAUUUUCUCCUUCCAAGCCGUAAAGCCUGGGCUAUUCAGGACAACGUUCUCCUCUGCAGACCACCCGUUGCCACCCUUUCCAAGUGCUCACAAGCCCACAACUGACAACUCAGCAUUCGUGGUCUCCGAACCCGAUAAAGACUCCAGGACGUUUCAGUGUGACAACGUGGAAGCUAAAGUGCAAUGGAAGAACGAGCCCAUCGUCUCGGUUGGCUUCUCUGGGGAGAAGCCACUUCACGAGGACCUACCGUUACGCUCAUACGCACUGGAUGGCCCGGGAGUCGCCCACUAUACCAAGUAUGCCCGCGGUGACCUCCACGUCGGACUAGGCGAGAAGUCAGCACCUAUGGAUCUGUCCAAUCGACAUUUCACGCUCACCGCAACCGAUUGCUUCGGUUACGACGUCCUUCGGAGCGAUCCAAUGUACAAGCAUAUUCCACUUCUCAUACGCGCAACUCCGAACGGGGUAGUUGCGACAUUUUCAACUUCUCACGCCCGGGGUUACUACUCCGUUGGUUCUGAAAUGGAUGGCAUGUGGGGCUACUUCAAGGUCUACCGCCAGGACUUUGGUGGACUCGAGGAGUACACGAUGAUUGGCCGAACACUGCAGGAAGUUAUCACUUUAUACGCUGGGCUCAUUGGAUAUCCUCUGCUUGUGCCACGGUGGGCUUUUGGUUACCUUGGUGGCGGGAUGAGGUACUCUAUGCUGGAUGAGCCGCGAGCUAGCGAAGCCCUGAUCGAUUUCGCCGACAAGCUCAAGAAGUACGAUAUUCCGUGCUCAGGCUUUCAGAUGAGCUCCGGCUACACUGUUGCGGAGCAGGAGCCCAAAACUCGGAACGUGUUUACGUGGAACAAGCACAGAUUUCCCGAUCCCAAGGGCUUCUGUGACGAGUACCAUAAGCGUGGUAUCAGACUGAUAGCCAACAUCAAGCCCUACAUUCUCGCCAACCACCCUGCCUACGAAGGUCUAAAGAAGGAUGGUGCUUUCUUCACCGACCCGCGCACGGGCGAGACAGGUAUCGCCCGUCUUUGGAGCGCUGGUGGCGGCACAAGCGGAGAAGGCGGUCACAUUGACUUCACAUCCACGGCCGGCUACGACUUCUGGUACAACAACGUACGGAAGCUUCGGUUGGAGGGCAUGGACUGUAUGUGGAAUGACAACAAUGAGUACCUUCUUCCCUCCGACAACUGGCAGAUAGCCCUAAACAGUCAAGCUGCACACGAAGGCGCUAUACCCGAAGCUGACCAAAAGCGUAACAACGUCGGAUUUUGGGGACGCGCAAUGCACACCGAGCUCAUGGGCAAAGCCUCCCACGAUGCGCUGCUCGAGGCGGUCCCGCAUGAGCGUCCUUUCGUCCUUACUCGAUCUGCCACAGCCGGCACGAUGCGAUACGCCUGCUCAUCCUGGUCCGGCGACAAUGUUACAAGCUGGGAUGGCAUGCGUGGCGCCAACGCCUUGUCCCUCAACGCAGGUAUGUCUCUUCUCCAAUGUUACGGCCACGACAUUGGCGGCUUCGAGGGCCCACAGCCAUCGCCCGAACUGCUGGUGCGAUGGGUGCAGCUCGGAUGCCACAGCCCGCGGUUUGCUAUCAACUGCUACAAGACCGGUAAUGACAGCCUGAUUGGUGAUGUGAUCGAGCCGUGGAUGUACCCAGAAACCCUACCGGAAGUGCGGAAGGCUAUCAUGAGGCGGUAUGAAAUGAUACCGUACAUAUACGGCCUGAUGCUGCUGAGCACACGUACCGCAUUGCCUCCGCAGCGCUGGACAGGCUGGGGCUACGAGAGCGAUCCGGAGGUGUGGACUAGUAAGCUCAUCAAGGACGGCGAGACACAGUACUGGCUCGGCGAUACUCUGCUGAUUGGUGGUGUAUACGAGCCUGGCGUUCGUGACGCCAAGGUUUACUUACCUCGCAAGAGUACGGAAGACGCAGGCUUUUUAAACACGAACGCACCGUAUCAGUACCUCUCCGCCGGCCGCUGGCAUACCAUCUCCUCGCCAUGGAGGGACAGCAUACCAGUUCUCGCACGCGUUGGCGGAGCCGUUCCCGUGGGUCUGAACCGACAAGUGGUGGCGCCUGGUGACAAAGCUAAUGAAGCGAGCCUACCUGCCGACGACUGGCGUGGAGUGGAGAUCUUCCCGCCACCUGAAGAGAUGAGUGAUAGCAAGACGUGGUAUAGCAAUACUUGGUUGGAAGACGAUGGCAUCUCACCCCCACCCGCGAAAAUCGCAGGGCUCACGGUCAGCUAUGUCGCGUCACCGAAAGAGGUCGCGGUAAAGUUUCAGCAGGAUGUGGGUGCUUUCGAGCCGCCUUGGGUCGAGAAGGGUCUUACUGUCGUUCUGCCAGUAGGCGAUAGCAGGAGCGUAGCAUCUGCUGGUGGCGCUACGGUCGAGCCCAGAAGACCGGACGAGCAGGGCCGUAGGAGAUACCACCUCGUAGUGCAACCCGAGGCUAACGGGCACGCUGAGGUCAAUGGCUAUGCCAAAGUGAACGGACAUGCGUCCGUUCGUGCGCACGGUAAGUGAGUAGUUGCAACUGAAAUGGAAAGUAUUGUCCGGCAUCGCGGACGAAUUGUUGGUCAGAAGACAUCAAUAGGAUGCGAUGGCAAGACCCAUGUAGUAUCCACAGCGUCGAAAAGUCUGGGAAUCUACAUCGCGGUCAUCGCGAUCCUGUUUUGAGCGUGAGAAAUGCUUAUACUGGUGUGAACGGUGUGCAUAAAUAGUGGGCAUUGAGGACUCAUCGACGUCUACGCCUGCCAACCCACAAACGCCCAGCAACGGCACUCUGCAGCGAUGCUGCCGCCAGAUACUACUUCCUCAAGGUUGCAAACAAUGUGCACAUGUUGAUCUUAGCGAGUUGUAGCCUUGACCUUGGGCGCUGCACCCUUAGCGGCCUGCUUGCCAACAAUGCUACAAACCAUGUUAGCACAAUCUCUGCACGGCCAGGCAUCUCAAAAU